AUGCUGAUUCUGAUGCUGUUGUUAGCGUGCAAGAGCCAUGAGGCGGUGCUGAUCGCCGCAAAUGGUUCUUCAUCAACCACGCAACAAGUGAUGAUGGUGGCAACGACGACACAGAAAAGAGAUCUCCAAAAUCAAUCACGACCACAAACCGAGGAAAGACCGAAGCCACAGUUGAGAGAAUUUAAAGCCUACGCUCCACCGCCGUUAGAAACGAAACAUCGGAUAUACGAUUACAUUGGGACAGAACUCGAGCGAGAACCCUACAUGAUCAUUUGUUGCACGCAUUCGCUGAAUCUUCAGCCCGAUCGUUUGAUCGUGAUCGAUUUGAAUCCAGAGAGUGCUGCGUAUCAAAAGGUGAGCAGUGAGUUGAUCUUUCCGCAAAUCGGUGACGAACUGUGCAAAAUGAACUGGACAAGAUCAGCGGCGAAUCUGGGUGAGAUGGCAAAGGUCUCUCGUUCUCAUCUUCUCGUCCCGUGCAUGGCCUCGAAUCGGAUCUACAUCGUUUCCGUUGAGGGAUUGAUUUUAAAAUUAGUAAAGGUCAUUGAAACGAAAGAGUUGACGGUGCGUGACUUGUCGUGUCCGUAUUCCGUUCACACUCUGCCGCUUUCCGGCGCACCCAUUCAUGUAGCUUGUCUGGGAGAUCGACAUGGUCACGGAAAAGGAGACUUUCUUCUGAUCGAUCGAAAAACGUUCACAAUUCGGGAAAGGAUAAAUAAAAGCGAAUUCGCCACGUUUGGAGGAGAGUUCGCCUUGCAGACGAGAUUUAACGCGAUCAUUUCCUGUGAAUGGGGCCAUCCAAGGCAAUUUCAAAGCGGACUUCUUCGCGGGGAUUUCAACGAAAGUGACAGCCCCUUGGCCGAAUUGGCCUCAAACGAUCGCCACUCGGUGAGCACAUUAUCAGCAAUCAAGACGCUGAUUUUACCGCAAAAUCCUCUCUUUGGAAAUCGGCUAAACGUUUGGCAAAUCUCGCCAGGACUUUUAAAGCAAACGAUUGACUUAGACCCAAAAGAGGGAUCAUUGACGACGUGUAUACGUUUUCUUCACAAUCCCGAUUGCAAUCACGCAUUCGCUUGCUCGGCGCUCGGAUCGACAAUCUAUCAUGUUCACAUGAAUUCGCUAAGUGGUGAAUUCAAAGCUGACAAGAUCAUUCAACUGCCACGGAUCAGAGUCUCCGGUUCAAACGAUCCGUUGAAUGUCUCCGGUUCAAACGAUCCGUUGAAUGAAGAUGGUCUCCCGGCGAUGCUCACCGAUUUGGUGAUCUCGAUGGACGACAAAUUUUUGUAUGUUGCCGCGUGGCUUCACGGGAUGAUCCUCCAAUACGAUAUCUCUGAUCCAUUCAAAGGCACCUUGUUCUCAAAGGUCCAACUCGGCGGCAUUCUUCAAUCACCGAACAGCUCUCGGGUUACCGGUUUUGAUUUGGGACAGGAGCACUUGCACCCAAUCAGGACAAUCAUCAAGGAUUGCGCUUUUCGGGGCGGACCAGCUUCGUUGCAAUUGAGUUUAGAUGGACGGCGUUUGUAUGUGGGCAAUUCUUUCUACAAGCCCUGGGACGCGCAAUUUUACCCCGAAUUGAUUGUAGAAGGCGGUCAAAUCGUGCUCGUCGAGAUUUCCGCCAAAGACAGCACGAUGCAGCUGAGCAAGGAGUUUCUCGUCGAUUUCGGCAAACUCAGCGACGGUCCAUUUCUGCCGCGCGAUGCUCGCUUUCCGCAGGGUGAUUCGACCAGUGAUAACUUUUUA